UACAAAGCCUUUCUUGUCUUCCUCAGUGUCCAUCACCUAAUACUUCUUAGCAAUUCAAUGGCACAGAGGAUUGACGAAGAGCUAGAUGAAAAUGAAGUAAUGAGGGAAGUUGAAGCUACUCAUGCACCCGAUGGCAUUUCAUUGGCUGUGAAUCCUCUUCUUCGCAUCAUUCAUAACAUCUUGCAACCUUCCACGCCUACAACCCCUGGCUUUGGACAGGAAACACAAUUGAAUCUAGAUGUGUUGGAUAACAAGGAUUCCCAAUUCAGCUAUCCUGGCAUGUUCAAUCGUUGGUCUUCUGCUAUCUAUGAAAUUUCCCGCAAGUUUUCUGCUGAGAAAGAUGAACAUGCUACAACUUUGGAAAUAUUGAACAUGCUAAGAUGCUACGAGUGGGAAGCCAAAGCCGUACUAGUCUUGCUUGCAUUUGCUUUUAAUUACGGUGACUUUUUGGUGGUGGCACAGCCUUAUCCUACCAACCCCCUUGUCAAAUCGGUUCCGCUGAUAAAGUCAUUCCCAGAAACACAGGGGCCAGUUGACAGAUUUAAACCAAAGUUUGAUGCAGUUAGCAGCCUCAUCAAGUCCACUCUAGAUGUGACCAAAACCAUUUUUUAUUUGACAGAGUUUGCAUCUAAGAACAUCCUCAAUUUCGAUCUAGAAAGAUUGAGUUCUGCCUUUUCCCAGAUUCCCAUCUCAGUUUACUGGACCAUCCGAAGCAUUUUGGCUUGCGCAUCACAAAUUUUGGGCCUCACUGGCAUGGGUUAUGAUAAAAUAUCAUCAACAGCAGAGGCAAUGAAACUAUCAAGCUUAUCCCAGAAAGUCAGUAGCAAACUCAACCAUCUUAAGGAGCCAAUCCAACUCAUAGAAGAUGAGCAGAGAUAUCCCAUUCCGUAUGAAAGUCUUCAGAGGCUUAUGGAAACAGACCACACUGAUAACGUGGAAAUUCUGAGGGCAUUGAUUAAUACCAAGGAAGAUGAGCUGCCUCUCCUGGAGGGUUAUACCGAAAGAAGGGCUGGGUUCAAUGAGUUGAUGGGAAAGAAUGUGCUGCUCCUCAUUUCAGAUAUGGAGUUAUCCAUGGAUGUGGUAUCCGUCUUAGAGUUUAUAUAUGAUGAGUGUCAUGAAAAUGAAACAAUGACAGGGAGUCAGUUUGAAAUGGUUUGGAUCCCUAUUGUUGAUAGGUCAACCCCAUGGACCCAAAGGAAGAAGGAGAAAUUUGAGAAGUACCAGUUGAGCAUGCCAUGGUACUCGGUGUAUCACCAUUCAAUGAUCGAGCCAGCGUUCAUAAAGUAUAUCAAAGAAAUGUGGCACUUCAAGGGGAAGCCCAUUAUUGUGGUUCUUGACCAUCAAGGGAAAGUUGUUAACCUUAAUGCUUUCCACAUGAUCUUGAUUUGGGCAGACAGAGCAUUCCCUUUCACUGGGGCCCGAGAGGCAUCCCUUUGGGAAAAAGAGACUUGGGGAAUUGAGAUUUUAGGAUACGGUAUUCCAGUCGUUUCUGAUUGGUUAUCUGAAGGAAAAAACAUAGGCUUAUACGGCGGAAACAAUAUAGAGUGGAUCAGGAGAUUCACAGCCGCUGCACGGGCAGUCGCUUCGGUAAUUCCAUUGGAGAUCCUUUACGUGGGUCAGAGCAGCAUUACAGAGCAAAUUGGAAGAAACAUCGACAUUAUUAGUGCGGAGAACCUUAGUCACACAUUUCCAGACCUCACUCAGAUUUGGAUCUUCUGGUCACGGAUAGAGGCCAUGUUGAACUCUAGGAAGCAACAGCGGGGCAUUAUAGUGGAAAAUGAUCGUUUGAUGAAGGAAGUCAAUACUGUGCUUAGGUUUGAUAGAAGUAAUGAAGGAUGGGCUCUGUUUGGCAGGAGAGAAUCAGCCCCGGUUAUGGCCAAGGGCAAAACCAUUUUGAUGUGCUUUUCCAAGUUUGAUAUAUGGAAAAAAGAUACAGAGAAAAUGGGUUUUAUAGAUGCACUCAGACAACAUCUUGAGAAGCUCCAAAAACCAAUAUGACGGAUCACAAUGAUGUUAUCAGAGAUAACAGUGCUACUUGAUAGAUUUUGUUGCUGAUGUUGUAAUGAUGUAAAUUUAUUAUUAAAUGCGUGAUAUAACACACUUGCUUUCAUUUUGUAUGGGAUUCAUCAGAUGAAUAAACAGAGUAUAUUUCCCCA